AUGGCUGGUCUGGGGCGGCCAGGCCCGGGGCCGCGCACCGCGCUGCCGGCCUGGAAGCGCGAGGUUCUAGAGCGCAAGCGAGCCAAGCUGGCUGCGUUGGGCGGCGGCGCGGAUCCGGGCGGCGGAGCGGCGGAGCCCGCGGGCGCGGCGGAGCGGUGCGUGCUGGCCGACAGCCUGGGUCCGCUGCGCGAGAACCCCUUCAUGCGGCUCGAGUCUGAGCGGCGGCGCAGCGCUGCGGGGGCGCGGCCGCUGCUAGAGCACUACCGCCACGUGCCGGGCGUGCGCACCAUCCGAGCAGACAACAUCCUCAUCAUCGAGGCGGCUGUGCCGCCCACCGCUCCUCCCGCUGGAACCGCCCGCAUCCGCGCCUCCGAAGUGCUGGUGUACGAAGCACCGCCGCCGCCCGGCCGCGUCAGCCGCCUGCUCGAGAAGUUCGACCUGCCGGCCGUGCCGCGCCUCCGCGGGAGUCCUGAACGUCCGCGUCCCCCGCUGCCGCCCCGGCCGCCGCCCACUGACCCGCCCGCGCUUGUCGGGCCGCGCGUGGGCGAACGCGCUGCCCAUUUCGAGCCGGUGCGCCGCGGCGGCGGGACCAGCUCCGGGGCCUGGCGCAGCGAGUUCCUACAGAAGACCGGCAGCAACUCCUUCACCGUUCAUCCCCGUGGCCUGCAGCGCGGCGCGGGCGUCCGCAAGCUCUCCAAUGGGCCCGCGGCCCCCGGUCCCCGGGUCAGUCCUGCCAAUGGUCUCGCGGGCUCCCCGCCUGGGCCGGACGAAUGGAAGCCAAAGGUGGAGUCGGGGGAGCCCUCCCAUGCGCCCCCCAGCCCCAGGACCCCGAGUGCCACUCCAGCCGCGCCCCCUACAAUCCCUGAGCUCAGCCCUGCCAGUGCCACUCCUAGCCAGCGCCAGUGGGUCUCUGCGGCCACCAGCGCCAAUGACUCCUUCGAGAUACGGCCAGCUCCCAAGCCAGACAUAGAGACUAUCCCCUUGGGGGACCUCCAGGCGCGUGCCCUGGCCAGCCUCCGAGUGAACUCUCGAAACUCCUUCCUGUUCAUCCCCAAGCGCAAAGCCUGUGGGGCCCCUUUUCCUGAAGGGAGGCAGUCUGAGGAGCUGCCAAAGGGAGAGGUGGGCUGGGAUUCCAGAGAUAGGGAGCUGGGGCCUGGAGGGGAUGGUGGACCUGCCCUCCAGAAGAGCCCCUUGGUUGAGAAGCAAGCUUGUCCCAGGCCAGCCACUGCCCUCAUUGACAGGGCCGAUAGGUGGCAGAGGCCAUCCUCUCCACCCCCAUUCCUGCCGGUUGCUGUGGAAGCUGAGCCUGCUGAGAGCUUCAGGGUUCCUGGUUUGGCCAAGAAUGACCGGGAGCAUGGUAGGCCAGGGCUGCCUGUCACUCUCAUUGAUGAGGUGGACUCAGAGGAGGAAGCCCCUGAAGAAGCCAAACUGCCCUGCUCUGGGGUUGGUGUGCCUCUCCAGUACUGCCCGCACCCUGCCAGGCCUGGGCACUUGUUAGAACUCCAGCACCGAAGUAUCAACACCUUCAUGGUGGUGCCCAAGAGGAAGCCAGGGGCCUUGCAGGAGCAGUGUUUUGGACAGGCCAACAGGGACCCCCCGCCACAGGAGGAAGAGGAGGCUAGUUGCCUGGGGCCCCAAGCUGCCAUGGGGUCCACACUGAAGAAACGCUACCCCACUGUGCAUGAAAUCGAGGUGAUUGGUGGCUACCUGGCCCUGCAGAAGUCCUGUCUUACCAAGGCUGGCUCUUCAAGAAAGAAGAUGAAGAUCUCCUUCAAUGACAAAAGUCUGCAGACCACAUUUGAGUACCCUUCUGAGAGCUCCCUAGUGCAGGAGGAGGAGGAGGAAGUGGGGGAUGAGGAAGAUGAUGAAGAGGAGGACAAUGAGGAGGAGGAGGUAUCCAGUUCAGAGGAGAAGCCCUUUGCACUCUUCCUGCCUCGUGCCACGUUUGUGAGCAGUGUGGGGCCUGAGAGCCCUCGGCUGUUGGAGGGCAGCGCAGGCCUAUCCAGCUACACCCCAAAACACUCUGUGGGUUAUGGCAAGUGGCAGGAGCAGACCCCAGAGCAGGCCCUGAGUGAGGUGGAGCCCCCACCCAAGGAGCCCAUGCUCACACCCGCCAGUCAGAAGGACCUUGCAGACUUUCGCAGUGAGCCUGCCCUCCAUUUCUGACCAGGACAGCCAAGGCUGAGCUCAGUGGGGACUCCCAGGAGCCAGGCCAUACUGAGGAGCUCCUGACUCUACACCCUACCCCUGCCUGGUGCUGUCCCACCCUCUCCUGGGUCCUCACAACCGUGCUGGCCCUGGAAGCAUCCAGGGUUUCUCCUGUUUUUAGGGUUGAGUCUGUCUAGGUCUCCCUCCCUGGCCCUGGUUUGGAGGCUCCAAGAAGAGCAGAGGUAGGGGAGGGCAAGGGUCCCGCAGGGGAGUGACCUGUCUGUGACCAGGUGGGGGCGUGAGCGUGAUUCUUCGUCAGGUUGUUCUCUGUCCUGCCUGCCAAGCCUGCCUCCCAGUGGCUGUGGGGUGUGUCUGGGGUGAAGGCCUGUCCCAGCUGCCUGGUCCAGGCAGGACCCUAAGCUCCACCUCAGCUGCCCCUUUUGUGCCUCUGAGGACAGACUCAAUAAACAGCACUGACAAAGCC